AUGGAAGUCGAUAUUGGAACUUCCUGCUGCAAUGAGAAGAUACCUUUGGAGAAUCCGACACCAGUUGACGAAUUGAAAAAGCCAACAGAAAAUCACGCGAGCACUUCUGUGUUCGUCAAUCAUGCUGCUAUAUCAUGGCACGACAGCAGAGGAAAAUGGAUUGGAGAUCUAUCUCAGAGGUCAAAAAGGGUGCCAAAGGAUCCAAUUAUAAGCUGGUCAAUGACCUAUGAAGACCUACUCUCAACUAAUGACCCUUUUGCCAAGCCAAUCCCUUUAUCAGAGAUGGUGGACUUUUUGGUUGAUAUCUGGCAAGAUGAGGGGCUUUUCGACUAG